AUGCUUCAACGUUCUUUUGAUGGCAAAAACUACAUCUGCAGAACAUGCCAUACUAAAUUACUUAAAGAUCAACAGCCUUGUCAAGCAGUGGUAAACAAUUUAUUUGUUGAUGAAACCCCUACUGAACUUGCUGCGUUAGAGAAACUUGAACAAAUUCUUGUUGCCCAGAGAAUAGUCUUUGAAAAAAUUGUCAUAAUGCCGAAAGGACAACAAAGAAAAAUUAAAGGUGCAAUAUGUAAUGUACCAGUUGAAUGUAGUGAAACAUGCAAUGUUCUUCCCAGACCACCUGACAGAUCUGGGACAAUUUUACUUAAGUUAAUUAAAAAGGAAACUUCAAUUUAGAGGACAUGUUUACUUUCAAGUAGUUCGCCCUCAGUUUGUAAUUAGUGCAUUAAACUGGCUUAUAGCAAACAAUCCGUUAUAUAGAAACAUUGAAAUUCAAUGUGACAACAUCAGCCCAGAGUUGACUAAUUUGAACUGUCCUGUUACAGAUCAAGAAAAUAUAGACGAGCAUUUGCAAACUAAUGUAAAUAGAGAACUUCUUAAUGAAGAUGCUGAAGAACAAGAUGAUCCAUUAAACGAGCACCGUUCAGCUGCAACUGAAACCUGUCUUCAGUCCAUCUUGCCAAACUAUCCUGUAAACGUGGACAAUAGAAACUGUGAUAAUUCAUCAGGUAGAGAAAUUUUCAACAUUGCACCUGGUGAAGGUAAACACCCAAUAUCAUUGAUGACUGAUAAACUUUGUGAGGAACUUUCAUUUCCAGUACUUUAUUGCUGGGUUAAAAGGAUUUGCGGCAAAUGUUCACUUGCAACCAGUGUUUAAUCAUUACCAGUGGAUAACAUACGUUUGUUCUUACUUUACAAAGGAUGAAACUGAAUGUUUUCAAGCCAUCAUGAAUGCCGCAAAAGAGGCUAAAGAAGCCAACUUAAAUGCAAGAGAUGGCUAAGAAAAAUAGGUGCAGCUUUUCUCUCGACUCGUGAAGUCAGUGCUCAAGAAUGCGUUUACAGGUGCAUGCCUGAACUCUGGUUAAGAAAAAUAUUCCCGAUCGAAAACUCUCUUUGUUAGCACAUAUUUUGCUGAAAAUCGCGUUAGAUUUGCGAAGAAACAACAAGAACUUGAUGAGUUAGAUGAUGACAGUACUGACAUUUUUAAGUCUAACAUUAUUGUCCAUUACAGUGAUAGACCGAAAAACAUUCCUGUCGUUAAUGAUAUGUGUUUAGCUUUAUUUGCUGCUCACUAUUUCAAAGAUUACAAAAGUGAUUUUAACGAAGUAUCUGAUUCUCAACCUGAAGUGUUAAGCGAUGACUUCAUUGAAUCUCAAAAUAUCGAAAAUUAUAACACUGGACUUCCCGAUCGAAUAAAACUUGUAAACAGCAGAGAAAUUAUGAAGUGCAGAAAAAUUAAAGCUGUCAUUCGAUAUCACACAGACAUACAGUACUGCUCAGAAAUAACCUAACAGAAAACGCGUUCGGAACGUGUCCCGAACGCGUCCGGAAUGAGUAUUGACUUUAACAGUAUUGUCUAAAAUUAUGGAAAUUAUUGUCAAAAGUUAUUCACUCACGCGUGUGUUGAAUAGGCUAUUGAAUUUCAUUUCCGAAAGAGACAGCCAAAAUAUCACAGUGUUUGGACUUUAUAAAAUCAUCAUAAACCCGGUUUACACUAUCAAAGUUUCUGUGAUCACAGGAGGAGUUUUAAUGGAGAAUUAAUACCGAAAAAGCACAAGGUAUGGAUGGUCGUCCAGUUUAUUAGCUAUCCUGCUACGCAAGCGAUGUUUAUGGCUGAUAUGCGUGUAUUCGCGUGCCACAGUAAGAAACAUCAUCAUAAGUUGGCACGAUUGUUAGUGAUGUAUAUUGCAAGCAUGCACUUAUUAUACAGGGUGUAUAAAAAAAACCGGCCCAAAUGGGAAAUUUGCUCUUAAAUUCGCAAAGCAGCUACUAGUAUCCGGUUUUUGAUGAAUAUAGCUUCUUUGGGUACUUAUAAUGUAUAAAAAUGGAAAAAAUUUCUCGAACUCAAAUUUUGUAAACCAGGGGGGUGUCUUUUCCAACAAAUAAAAAAUGGCUUGCGCACGAAAUUUAAAAGUUUUAACCGUAUUUUGAGUUGAUAGAUGGAAUAUUUGUUGGGUUUUUAAUUACUGUACAAAAUUUCAGACAAUUUGCUUUAGUUUAAGCCCCUUUAACUAUGCAUUUUUCUCUAAAAAUUAGCCUUUCGCAUGCUUAAUUAAUGCCUUUACCUCAUUUGCAUAUUGCUGACAUAUGCAAAUUAGGCAAAGGCAUUGAUUAACAUGCAAAUGGUGAUUUUUAAGAAAAAAUGUAAGUUUGCGUGAAUGUUAAAGGGCGUAAACUGAAGCAAAUUGUCUGAAAUUUUGUACAGUAAUUAAAAACCCAACAAACUUUCUAUCUGUUAACUUAAAAUAUUAGUAAAGCUUUUAUAUUUCGUGCGCAAGCCAUUUUUACUUCGUUGGAAAAGACACACCCCCUGGUUCACAAAAUUUGAGUUCGAGAAAUUAUUUCCAUUUUUCUACAUUAUAAGUACCCAAAAAAGCUAUAUACAUAAAAAACUGGAUACUAAUAGCUGUUUUGCGAAUUUAAGAGCAAAUUUCAAAUCUGGGCCGUUUAUUUUGAUACACCCUGUAGAAUCGACCCGAGAUGUUGGGCAGUCAAAAAUGUCACAGUCACUAGUAUUUUGACUAAUUGUAAAUGUUUAUUCUUUAUAAUCAUGUGUAAUGACUUAGUUAUGCGUAAAAAAAUUACACAAGCGACAAGCGGCGACAAUUUAAAAUAAACUGUAGCAAGUAUGCUACAUGAUACGCUUGCUUCAGAACGUUUGAUAGUUAAGUGAUAUAUUUGAUUGCCUGUGAGCUGUUUGAGCCGGCUGAGUUUUAAUCGGAACUAUUUUCAUCCCAUGUUGUUAAAUUUCUGAAAUGUAGCCUGUGCACAACACAGACCUUUCUAGCUCUGAUUGAAAGACACGAUCGCGAUUUGAAGCAUUUGAUUACAAAGACACGAUCGCAUUUUCGGUUAUUUGAUUUGUGCGUUUAUGGUUACAUACAGUUGAACAGAAACGCUAAACAAAGCCAUUAAGACGAUUUUUUAAAAUUAUUUUCGAUUACAUGCUGCCCGGACUGUGUCGAUUUCAGUCUGGGUCAAACCGGGCUGGUAUUUCAGCCCGGGAUGAAGCUUGAUAUUAAUUGUUCGAAUUCAUAGUUGUCAACUGUCAAAACCUACAGUAGCUCAUGUUUCAUUCGGUGUCGGGAUUUUCCGAUGCGAUAACGCGGUUUUUAGCCAAAGUGGGGAACGCGUUUCCAAGAUUCCUCUGGAACGCGUUCCGACCGCGUUCCAACCGCGUUCGGACCGCGAACGCAGUGUUAGGUAAUUUCUGAGCAGUACUGUACAUAUCUAAGUUUUAUGAGCCAGAUGUUCAAGAAGUAGUACAACGCAACAAAGAAAUAUUUGAGCCAGAUGGUGUUGCAAUUAAUGAAGCACUAGAAAGUUUACGAAACUUUGUUGGCGUACCAACUCACUCCUAUAAUCCAACAAAUGACCAGGAAAUGAAGAUUUGCGACAAAGUUUACCUGACGAUUCUGAUGAAACCGAGUCUUUUAACGAAUCGUUGCCACAACAUCUUGCAUCAAAUCCUGAAUCAGUUCAACCAUCUUCUGGAAUAAGUUCUUAUAAUCAACCCUUAGAAAUCAGUGACGACGAUCUACGAUAA